AUGCUGCCGGCGCUGGUCUUGCUGCGUGCCUUGCUGCUGCUGGCUGGAGGGGCGGAGGCGGCCGUGCCCUUGGAGGACUUCUACCCCUUCGGUGCAGAGCGGGGGGACGCGCAGACUGUGGCCCAGGACGACGGAGGCUCGGGGCUUCUGGAGAUCUCUGUGGCGUUCCCCUUCUUUGGAGACAGGCACACGGGGCUCUAUGUGAACAACAACGGCCUGGUGUCCUUCAUCAGAGAGGUGUCCCAGUUCACUCCGGUGGCGUUCCCCAUUGCCGGGGACCGCCGGGUGGUGGCGCCCUUCUGGGCCGACGUGGACAACCGGCGGGCGGGACGCGUGUUUUACCGACAGAGCCGCGAGCCGGACAUUCUUCGCCGGGCGGGCGGCGACAUCAGAACGUACUUCUCGGACUUCCCCGAAUUUAACGCUACGUGGGUGCUCGUUUCCACUUGGCAGCAGGUCACCUUCUAUGGGGGAAGCUCCACUACUCCGGUGAACACAUUCCAAGCAGUGCUCAUUACGGACGGUGAGCUCUCCUUCACCAUCUUUCAGUACAACAACAUCACUUGGACUACCGGCAGGCACGCUAGCAGCGGGGGGGACGCAAACGGCCUGGGGGGCAUCGCGGCACAGGCAGGUUUUAACGCGGGCGACGGCAUUCGAUACUUCAACAUUCCAGGCUCGCGCACUCGAGAUGUGGCCGGCGUGGGGGCGACCACCAAUGUGGGUUUUCCGGGACGUUGGGUUUUUCGCAUCGACCACGCCAACGUCGAGGUGGGCGGCUGCAACAAUUCGGCGUCGGUGUGCCCGCACCUGAGACCGUGCCUUAACGGGGGGCGAUGCAUCGACGACUGCAUCACCGGAAAUCCGUCGUUCACCUGCUCCUGCUUGUCGGGGUUUACCGGACGACGCUGUAGCAUUAAUGUGGACGAGUGUGCUUCAUUUCCUUGCCUUAAUGGCGGAACGUGUCAAGACCAUGUGAACAAUUUCAGCUGUGAAUGCCCACCUGGAUACACUGGAACUCUGUGUGAAACAGAUGUGGACGUGUGUGACUCUACGCCGUGUUUGAAUGGUGGCCAGUGUGUCAGCCACGGCGGUAACUUCACCUGUGUUUGUCCGGCGCCGUUCACCGGAGUUGUCUGCGAGUCAGAGCUAAUGGAGCUUCAACUGAAUUUCACUGAGUCCAAAAACCAAAGCGAUGAAUGCCUGUGCCAAAAUGGCGGAGUCUGCGUGGACGCCAACGGAACAUGCGAUUGUCCAGCCUCCUACACGGGACUCUACUGCCAGUUUGAAGUGACACAUAGGCCGUGCAAUAACCACCGUCCGUGUCCCGACGGGGGUUCGUGUUUGGAGUACGGUGGUGCGUAUCUGUGCACCUGCCAGACCAGCGCCGCAGAAUUGGACCAGCGGGACUUUUACCCCUAUGUACAGCCCCGAUCAGUCUGCGACUCCAGCCCGUGUCUCAACGGCGGUUACUGCUACGAGCGACACGGAGGGUAUACAUGCCAAUGCACUCAUGGACAUUGGGGCAAGCACUGCGAGAAAGUGCGACUAAACACGUGCGCCUCCAGUCCGUGUCGCAACGGAGGCUCGUGUAAGGACGAGGCGGGCAGCUACAGAUGCGUGUGUCCUUACAGAUUCACGGGCAAACACUGUGAAGUGGGGAAGCCCGAUCCGUGCACGUCCAGUCCUUGUGUCAACGGUGGGACGUGUUUUCACUACAUCGGGAAGUACAAGUGCGAGUGUACCGAUUUCUUCACCGGAAGGCACUGUGAGAUCAACGUGGCUGACAAUACGCAACUUCACGCAGAAGGAGGUUGCGGCCUGCCGCCGCAGGUGGUAAACGCUGAGGUUCAGUUCUCGUCCACCUUGCCGGGAUCGGUGGCUGUUUACACGUGUCGGACGGGGUAUGUGGCGGCACCCAGAGCCACGCAGAGCGUUUGCGGCGUCCAGGGCGACUGGAGUCAGCCUCCUAUCUGUGAGGAAUUCAACGAAUGCUGGUCCGGGCCGUGCGCUAACGGUGGGACGUGCCGCAACCACGGCGGGUCGUACCUGUGCGACUGUCAACAAGGCUUCAGCGGGAAACGUUGUCAAACUGAUGUGAACGAAUGCCUGUCGGAGCCAUGCAAGAACGGAGGUACUUGCGUGAACCACUUGGGGUCAUACUUGUGUCAAUGUCCGUUGGGCCUCAAAGGACGCCAUUGCCAAACAGAGCAGGACAGCUGUGAGUCCAACCCGUGCCUGAACGGCGGCGCGUGUCGCAGUUUCAAGAAGACGUAUGCGUGCACGUGCAAAGAGGGUUUCUUCGGCGACCAGUGCCAGAUGUUGGAAGAUCCUUGUGUACUCCAUCCAUGCGGGAACCGAGGCGACUGCCGGAGUGACAGGAGAGGAAACUACAACUGUGUGUGCAAAGCUGGACACACCGGGAAAGACUGUGAAAAAGAUCUGCUACCCCCUUCUGGCCUCCAUGUGCAACGUGUGGAAGAAAGCGAACUGGAAUUGCGCUGGGACCAACCAGAAGCGGCGUCUGCGGCGUGGCUAAGCGGCUUCGUGGUGACGUACGCGCCGCACGGUCGCGGCGGCGGCGCCCGUAAGGUGGACUUCCUGGACCGGCAGAGGCAGCGGCACGUUCUCCGAGGCCUUCUACCCGGGCUUCUUUACAACAUCUCCACUUACUCCAUCAAGCGCAACGCCAACAGCGACCACGUUAGCCAGCCGGCCACUGCUCUCAUACGCACAAGGCCUCGACGAGUGGAGAAUCUUGAAGUGUCGAACGUGUCAUCGUCCGAAGCGAGGCUGAGCUGGAACUUCGACUUUAAGGCAGCUCGCCACGCGCCACUUAGUGCCAUACGGGUUACGCUAACGCCCGAAGACGGCGGAGGAACGCAAACGUUUCUGCUUAAUGCUAGUGCCGGAGAACACGUCUUCAAUUCUUUACUUCCUGCUCACAUGUACACGGUGGACGUGUUGGCCCAAAGUGGACUCAGACCUGAUGAGUUUCCUUCCACGAGUCGGUCGGCAGGACCUCUGCAGUUUUGGACCAAGCCCCUCCCCCCUCAGAACCUCUCUCUAUCCCACGUUGCCGCCAACUCGGCGGCCGUCGCCUGGACCCGCCCCCCGGGCCCCGUUUCCGAUGGUUUCGUGAUAAACGUGACACGGGGUCUUACCACUAGAAGCCGCUUCCUGCCUGGCGGCCUGCUAGGCUCUUACACCCUGCGGGAGCUGACGCCUGCACAGCGCUACCGGGUCGCCCUCACCUCCGUCAAGAAGGCGGGUCGAGAGCAAGUCCACAGCCAGCCUCGGUACUUGGAUUUCACCACCUUGCCAAUGGAGGCCAGGACAGGAAGACGAGAACGACCAACAAAGCCCGGACGAAGGCCGAUCCAGUCUCAGGAGCUCGGAGGUGCAGCCGAACCGAGGUUUACUGAGUUGAUUGACAGGAGAGGAAAGAUCACAGCCAAAUUUGCCCACCUGCCAAGAAAAGCCAUUCGACAUCGGACCAAACCGCAGCAGCCCGUUCCAUUGGAGAGGAUGGAGGAGACCACCAACAAAAUCAGCCUGGCGCUGGAGAUUCAAGAGGAGACCACGUCCAGGACCAAACCUGAGUCGUCCCAGGACUGCCUGAGUGUGCCCUGUCUGAACGGCGGCACGUGCACAAACAGCAGUAGCAGCGACUCGCACGUCUGUGACUGCGCCGACGGUUUCAAAGGCAAUCGCUGUCAACUGUCAUGCCAGCGAGUGGCUCACCCGUGCACUCGCCUCUAUUCGGAGACCAAGAGCAUGCCUGUGUGGGAGGGUGACGUCUGCCACUACGUAUACAAAAGAACGUACAAAGUACAGCAAGACGUUUGCUACCAAGAAGUUUGCGAACCAACGCUCCACAACAAAAGUCAGGUAACCGUCAGAAGAACAAGCACACAGCAGUGA